AUGGCAGCGGAAGACGAAGAACACGCAGAUGUGAUGAACCGAUUUAAAGAAAUAUGUGUAGUAGGUGACGAUUUAGCAAAGGAUUUCUUGUCUCACAAUCAUUGGAAUUUAGAAGCAGCUGUUCAGGAGUUUUUUCAUAGUGGCGAACAUGUAGAAGAGGAGCAGAAUCUUUCAGAUGUGACAAAUGAGUUGAGACACAGGCACAUGCAAGCAAUUGAUCCAUCAACUUCUCAAACAUCUAGUACGCUUUCUGCAUAUGAUUCUGACAUUCGUCUGACAAGACGUCCUCCAGUUCCACAGACGUGGUUUGAAUGGGCUGUAGCGAUCAUAAAGCUUCCUUUCUUUAUAGCUUAUCAAAGCUUAUUUGAAAUACUAAGUUUUGUUUGGUCUUUGUUUCGAGCCCAGCCAUUGGCAGUUACUGAUUCUAGAGGAGAUGUACAACAAUUUAUUUCGGAAUUGAAUACUCAGUUUGGUACUUUAACUGAAGGAAUUCGCUUCUAUAAUGGAUCGUAUGAUGAUGCGAUAAAUGAAUGCAAGAAUUCUCUGCGCUUCAUGAUAGUUUAUUUGCAUAAUCCGUCUCAUCAGUCAUCUGAACGUUUUGUUCGUGAAACCUUGCUCAGUUACCAAAUGAAACAGUUUUUGCAUCGAAAUGACAUUCUUAUUUGGGGAGCAUCAGUACGUAGUCAAGAAGGUUAUAAAGUAUCAAUGGCUCUUCGAGAAAAUACUUAUCCAUUUCUGGGUUUACUUUGUAUGCGUGACACGAGAAUGGUGCUAGUAUUACGAUUGGAAGGAGAUUAUGAACUUGAACCGAUGCUCUUCACAAUUCAAGUAGCAGUGGAUGAAAAUCGAGGACAUUUAGAUGCAAUAAGAAAUGAAAGGCAGCAGCGAGAGCUGAAUAGUCGUAUUCGUCGUGAACAAGAAUCAGAUUAUCAACGUAGUUUGGCAGCUGAUCGAGCACGUUUAAACCAGAAACGAAAGGCUGAAACUGAGCGGAAAAUGGCUGAAAUAAAGGAAGCAGAGGAACGUAAGAAAGAAGAAGAAAAAAAAGAGAGACUAAAUGCUAUUAGAGAGGAACUAGCAAAUGGUCUACCUCCGGAACCGGAUUCACCAGAUUGUGUUCGGGUUAGUGUACGAUUUCCAAAUGGUGAACGAUUUGAAAGGCGUUUUGAUUUAUUAUUCAAUGCAACACUGUCACAUAAAUGUUGCCCUUCAAAUCUUACUUUGGUAUCAAACUAUCCCAGAAAGCAGCUCAACUGUGCACCAGAAUGGUAUCGUGAAUUUGGAAGAGUACAAGAUCCUGACAAUAUCCCGACAUUUCAGGAAUGUGGUUUUGAGAAAUCGGUAGUUGUUUUAGUGCAGGAUAAUGAUGCUUAA